CUCUCUCUCUCCCCAUAUAAGUAUUAUCUUGAGCCUCUCAUUGCCUUGUCUGAAGCCACCGUAAUGCCGUUCUGAUCAUGUAAGGGAGUUCGAAACUGGUAUGUGCCAAAAGCAUCUGAAGGAAGAAUGCCCAAAAUUUCCAUCGUAUUGCGAAAAAAAUCUGUUGAAGUUUCUAUUGUUUUCGAUAACUAGAAAUUGGGUCGCAGUCGAUUUCAGGAUUUUCUCAGGAUACAAGAACAGAGAGACUGCAGCUUUGGUGAUACUGAACAUAGAAUGGCAGCGAUGGUCGCUAGAGGUAGUCAAUUACCACCAACUGGGUCGGUCCAAGAAAAGGGGAGUAGGAACAAGCGCAAAUUCCGUGCCGAUCCCCCUCUUGCUUCUUGCUCGGACUGUGAUCCCAAUGCCAAUCACUGUAUCGGCAAUCCGAGUAACUGUCCUUCACCAAUGGCAGAGUUUCCAGGUUAUGAAAUUCCUGAUAGAAGGAACAUGUAUGACUCGUGCCCUGUCAAAGAAAACUGCUGCAAUUUCUGUGGCUUUGCUCAGCAAAUUGAUCUUGGUAAACCUCCUGCACAAGCUCACAGAACGAGACCAGGUUUGGUGUACAAUGAGUUUUUGCAGACACAGGAGCCUCAAGAUGAAUUGGAAUCAAAUGAGUUCCAGGAUGCGGAUUGGAAUGAACUUACAGAAGCUCAGCUUGAAGAGCUGGUUGUGAGUAAUCUCGACACAAUUUAUCGAAGUGCAAUUAAAAGGAUAGCUUCUUGUGGGUACAGCGAGGAUGUUGCAAGACAGGCUGUCCUGAGAUACGGUCGUUGCUAUGGUUGUAAGGAUCCUGUAUCUAAUAUUGUCGAUAAUGCACUUGCUUAUCUGAAAAAUGGGCGAGAAAUAGAUACAAAAGAUCAGUUCUUCCAAGAUUUACCACAGCUAGAGAAGUACAUUCUGGAUGAGAUGGUUUGUGUUUUAAGAGAAGUGAGGCCAUUUUUCAGUACAGGGGAUGCUAUGUGGUGCUUGCUUAUCUGUGAUAUGAAUGUGGCCCAUGCAUGUGCAAUGGAUGGUGAUGCCAUGGGCAGUUUUGGUGGUGAUGAGAAUAUAGAAGGCUCUUCUGUUUCAACAAUUCCACCGACAAAUUGUACUGCAUCAAUGAACUUGCCUGAAACCAGUAGUUUAAAACAGCAACUGAAAGAUGAGUUCUCUCCACCAUCUGUGAUGCCUGUUGUGGGUGGGAUCCCCAAUCUGCCACCUGCAAAAUUCUCUUUGUCAACCAAUGUCUCUUCCAUUGUUCAAACCACUGAAAAUUUGUGUUCUUUAGACCGUCUGUCAAAUGAGACAGUGAGUUCCUCAACCUGUCCUAUUUCGACAAAGCCAAUAGAUGAAGAUGCUGUUGGGGGUUCCAGAAUUUCUUCUUUUUGUCUUCCAAGGGAGUCAUCAGCUAUUAGCAAGGAACAACUUGCGAAAAAAUCACAGGUGUCCAUAUCAGAUGCCAAAUCUGCAUCAGAAGCAUUUAGGCCAGAUACCCAUAAAAAGCAUCAUUUAAAUAAUUUCAAAAGAGUACAUUUUAGACAAAAGUCUGGUCAAGUUGAAAGUAGCCAUCGAAGCAAUGCUGGUAAGGCUUCUUCAAAAGCCAGUAAGAGCAGUAAAUCUGGUGGUGCAGUCUUAGAUAGAAAAUGGAACCCUGAAUCUGUUUCCAGUUCCACUAAUGUAAAGGGUCCUGUACAGUCAUAUACUUCAGUUGGCUUAAAUCCAUCACUGUCAAGCAUAAGCACAGGAAAGCCACCCUUUUCUGCAAGUGCUGGAGUGCCUGCCAAUGGAGGAUUCAUGCAAGCUAACAUGAAUAGCCCAUUGUCUUGUCCUCUGACAAAUACUGAUCUUUCUUUAUCACUCUAUUCCAAAGGAAAGGAUCCCAUAGAUCCAGAUCAAAAUGUCCCUGAUGUUCAGAAGGAGGCUGGUGGUUGUGGUUGCACACCCCAAUCAUCAUAUCAAAUAUUUGGUGCCAGUGCUCUACCUGAUGCAAAGGAUGAGAAGCUGUUGAGAUUGGUACACCAUGCACGUGAUUUACAGACUCAGCUUCAAGAGUGGACAGAAUGGGCACAGCAGAAGGUCAUGCAAGCUGCUCGCAGGCUGGGCAAGGACAAAGCUGAACUCAAGACCCUGAGGCAAGAAAGGGAGGAAGCAGCUCGAAUGAUAAAAGAGCGGCAAACACUGGAAGAGAACACCAUUAAGAAACUCUCUGAGAUGGAGGCUGCAAUGGCAAGGACCAGUGCCCAGCUUGGAUAUGCCAGCGGUGCUACGCAUAGGCUAGAGUUGGAAAAUGUAGAGUUGAGGAAAGAGAUGGAGGCUGCAAAAGUGCUUGCCGAAGAAGCGGCUGCCAAGUGUUUGGAAGCUGCAAGAAGAGAGAAGAAAACCCUCAAAAAGAUUAGUUCAUGUGAAAGGCAGAAAGAAUUACUUCAAGAGGAGCUUGCAACUGAAAGGCGUAAACUGUCUCAGUUACAGCAUCAAGUUUUGCAGGCUAAGGAGUGUCUGGCACAGCUUGAGGAUAAGUGGAGACAGGAAGAGACAGCGAAAGAGGAAGCAUUGGUGCAGCUUAAUUCUGAAAAAGAAGAAAGAAGACGUCUUGAAUAUACAUCUAAGUCCAAGGAGGAUGCAAUUCGUACGAAAGCAGAAACAGAUUAUCAACAAUAUAGAGAUGACAUUCGGAGGCUUGAAAGUGAGAUUGCUCAACUAAGAUUGAAGACUGAUUCAUCAAAGAUUGCAGCACUUAGGUGGGGUGUCGACCAUAGCUACGCAUCUCGCCCGACUGACAACAAAAGUCUUCCAAAACUCAAAGACAACAGUUCCCAACUUGCUCGUGAUAUUGUUGAUUUCCAAGAUUCUUCAGUUGGAGACGUGAAACGUGAGCGGGAAUGUGUCAUGUGCUUGUCGGAGGAGAUGUCUGUUGUUUUUCUUCCUUGUGCACACCAAGUCGUGUGUACAAACUGCAAUGAGCUUCAUGAGAAGCAGGGCAUGAAGGAUUGCCCUUCUUGUAGGGCUCCAAUCAUGCAAAGGAUCUCUGUGCGUUUUGCAGACUCUUAGCCCAUUUGGAACGUCUGAGCUCAGAUGCAUAAGAGAAUUUGAAUAAUGAUUCUGGGUUGUUAGUGAAUAAUGAAACAGUCAUUUUCUGACUAAAAAGAGAUAAAAAGGAGAAAUGAUAGUAAAGAAUUUCAUUUCA